GCCGCGAAGCGGAGGUGGGGGGAGCGAUGGCGGCCGCGCUGGGUCCGCCGUCAGUGCCGGGCUCGGCCGCCGUGAGCGAGCUGUGCCAGAAUGGCCGCGAGAUCUUCCUGGAGGCGUCGCGCCUGCUCCUCACCUACGCCGACAACAUCCUCCGGAAUCCGUAUGAAGAAAAAUAUAGAUUAAUUCGGAUUGGAAAUCCAGCAUUUUCCACAAGGCUGUUGCCUGUCAGAGGAGCAGUUGAGUGUUUAUUCGAAAUGGGGUUUCAGGAGGGAGAAACUCACCUGGUUUUCCCUAAGGAAGCUUCGAUUGAGCAACUACGUAAAAUCAGAGACUUAAUUGCUGGAGAGAGAAGCAGCAGGCUGAAUGAGUCAAACCAAAUCCCCAAAUCAGGAUCCGCUGAAAAUGUCAGCAGCACUCAGACAGCUGCACAACGGCCUUCAAGACCUGCUGAUUCUGCUCUUGCCCCUGCCCGUCAGCGACCAGAAGCAUCACUUGUGCAAUCUCUUGAAAUGGCUGCAAAUAUCUUGAAAACACUUCAAACAAAAUUUGAGGAUCUUGUGUUGAUGUACGAGAAUCCUUCUAUUCAGCAAAAAGCACUAGCUGUGAUUCCCCUCCAGGAAUUAAAGAGCAAGGCUCAGAAAAAGCUAUCACAAGCUACAAAACUGGACAAAGGUGCACAUGUGAACGAAGAGGACUUCCUAUUGUUGGAGCUUUUGGAGUGGUUUAAGACUGACUUUUUUCAUUGGGUAAAUAGUCUUCCCUGCAGCAGGUGCGGUGGGCAGACAGAGCCUAAAAGUGACUACCUGUUGCCUACUGCGGAUGAUGUAAGGUGGAAUGCCAGUCGAGUGGAAAACCACUACUGCAACCAGUGUCAGUUCUCUAAUAGAUUCCCAAGGUACAACAACCCUGAAAAACUUCUGGAAACCAGACGUGGACGCUGUGGCGAGUGGGCAAACUGUUUUACGCUGUGUUGCAGAGUUGUAGGGUUUGAAGCAAGAUAUGUCUGGGACUAUACAGAUCAUGUGUGGACUGAGGUAUAUUCUUUAUCUCAGAAAAGAUGGCUUCACUGUGAUCCCUGUGAAAAUGUCUGUGAUAAACCUCUUCUCUAUGAAACUGGGUGGGGAAAGAAGCUCUCCUACAUUAUUGCAUUCUCCAAAGAUGAGGUUGUUGAUGUCACCUGGAGAUACAGCUGUAAACAUGAAGAAGUACUCUCUAGAAGGACAGCACUCAGCGAAGCAACGCUACGUGAGACAAUUAAUGCACUAAAUAGAACGAGACAAAAGUCUUUGUCAGACAGUAGAAAAAGAGAGCUCUUGGAAAGGACUAUUGUGGAGCUUGUUGAAUUUAUUUCUCCUAAAACACCUAAACCUGGAGAAUAUGGUGGAAGGACAUCGGGCUCAAUGGCUUGGCGAAUGGCCAGAGGUGAAAUUGGUCCAGAGAAAAGAAAAGAAGUACUUUUUAUUCCCUCUGAAAAGGAGAAGACAUCUAAACUCUUCCACCUCACCUACAAUAUAGUAGAUGACAGUUAUACACGGAUUUCCAAUAAUAAUGAAAAAAUAAGUGGUUGGGAAGCAGGUGUUUGGAAGGCAGAAUCUAUUUGGAGAAAGGUUGAAACAGAUUGGAAAAUGGUUUAUUUAGCCCGAAAAGAAGGGUCAUCCUCUGCUUCCAUCAGCUGGAAGUUUGAGUGCAAGUCAGUCGGUCUAAAAAUAGAUAACAUUUCAGUUAGGACAAGCAGUCAAACUUUUCAGAGUGGAAGAAUACAGUGGAGACUUUGCUCUCCAAAAGUAGAAAUUGCUCUGCUGGGAGAUAAAAAUCUUUGCUCCUAUUCAGAUUUUGCUGGUGCAACGGAAGUUAUGUUGGAAGCGGUUCUAAAGGGAGGGGAUGGUGAAACUGCAUGGCAACACACACAGCUGUUUAGAGAGAGCUUAACAGGAUGUGGAGAAAAUUGCUUGGAGAUAAUUAUAAAACUCAGUGACCUCUGAGAAUCUGAACUGCAGAGAUGUACUUUGGAUUCCUUGAAGACAUUAUACUAUGGAAGAUUUCGUUGGCAAUUCUUCAUCCUGCUGGCAGCAUAUUUCCUGUUUCACUGCUUCCAUUAAACUAUCUUGAAACCGCACAUGUAUUCAAUAGGUAAACAUCACAAUGAAAACCUCUUUGUCUGUAAAAACAAACACCAAAAUUAAGGCAUUGAACCAUAAAGUACCCUUUUCUUAAACUUUGCAAGGAGAACAAAAUAAUUUUUAGGAAGCAAAACUUGACUGUAGGAGAACAAAGCAGUUGUACCUGAUUUUAAUUUGGAGUUCUGUGAUUGGCUUGCUGUUUUUUGGGGGUUUUUUAAUCAUCUACUUGGAAAAACAGUUUGAAUUCUGUUUCCAAAUACAGCAGAUGCUUGUGAUGAUCUUAAAAUAUUUUAAAGAAUAAUAGAAAAUUUAGACAUUUUAAAGAAAAAUAUGAUUUUGUGUAAUAUCAGAAGUGCUGAAAUUAAGUUAGUUUCAAGAUUACUUCAAAAUUUUCUUGUUACAAUCUAAGUAUUAGAACUGUGUUUAAUACCUAGAAAUAUUUGGAAGCCUGAAGGUUGCUAGAAACUAAUUUUGAAAGAAGUGGUCAUAUGAACCUAAAAUUGUCAUGGCCUGUGGUAUGAAAGUGAGACUUAAAACUGAGUAAGAACAUCACAAUUUUUUUCUAUGAAAAAAUAGGUUAUUAAUUAUAAAUACUUUUUUAAUGAUAUAAAUUCAGAUUUGCUUAAUGAAUCUUUAUAAAAGUAGUUAGGUAGGUUGAAAUCUUCUUAAGCUUUUGUCUUGAGCUGCGUUGAAUACUAUUCCCAAAUUUGAUGUAAAAAUAUAUACAAAUUUUCUGUUCAUUAAUGCAGUGUUUAAAUUUAUUUUCAGUCAUAUAAUAAAAAAUGAAAAAAUGCCAUCCAGGAGAUGUCAGAUGUUGCAGUGAUGUGAAUAAAGCAUGGAAUGAAUGUUCAGAUUAGAUAGUCUUUGUCGUAGAAUCUGAGGAAGGCUAUGCCUGGAUACAAAAAUAUAGGACUAAAAUGCAAAGUUCAAACUAGAGUUUUGUUUCAAAAUAAGUGAGAAUUAGGGUUGAUGUUCUCAAGAUGAGUGUUUUUCAAGUUCUUCUUCUAUCUUCUGACCUUUCCGACCUCUGUAUAUGUGAAAUGAUUGUCAGAAAUAAUUUACGUUGAAAUAAAUGUUUACUGACCUUUUAACAAAUCUAAGCAAAUACAAAACUAUUCAGAUUUUAUUAGGAAACUGCAAAUGCACAGUGAACGCAGGCAUCAAAAUGAUCACACAGGCAUCUUAAAAAGUAGUAGGUUAUGGCAGUUUAGGGGUGAUAGAAUGAUGUAUGAUGGAUUAUAUACUUCUGAAUGUAAAUUGACGGUUUAUGAGGGGGAUUAGAAAGGGAGGGUCUCACUCCCUUGGCACAGAACAACACAGUGACAGAGUACUGUGUGGAGGGGUGUUCAUCAAUACCUGACUAAUGCAAGGUGAAUUUGCCAGUCUCCAUUCAAAACUACUCCUGUAUUUGGUUUCAGCUAAAUGAUUUUUCUGAGAUUUUGAUGGGAACCAACAAAAAAUUAUUUUAGAUUAAAAUGUAUACUAUCUUGUAAGAAAAAAAAGGAAAAAUAAGAAGACUCAAGUAAAACCAAUCAACAAAAAUGUUUCCACUUCAUAUUUUGAUAGCUGAAAAAGUUACUACUAUAAGACAGCAAUUAUGGUUUUGCAUUAUAUUACUUAAAAGGACCUUGAGCACUUGCAGAAUUCCUUAACUGCAUCUGAUAAUUUGAAAACAGAAGGCAGAAUAAAUGUAAAAGUAGUAAGAUAAAGUAAUUUUCUCACAAUUUUGGUCAGAAUCUCUGGGGGAAGAGUAAGAGCUGCAGAUAACUUAAUAAAACAGGAGAGUAAUUUAAGUCCAUUAUUAAAAUGUGUGGAUGAAUUAAAAAGAUUGAAAGAUUGAAAAAUGCCUUACCAAUCUAAUUAAUGAAAAAGUACUUCUGUAUUUGUAAGAUCACACGUAAUGAAUAGAAGAGCUUAUUUUAGGAAAGGAUUAAUAAGUAAAACAGACUGAAUAGAGCUAAUAUGAAAAAUUUAAAUGUAACUCCUUCAGGUGUCUUUUGAAGUACCCUUUAAACAGUGAACACUUUGAAUCUCUUCCUGCAUAAGCUGUUAUAAAGACACUAAUUUUCUCUGCUGAUCUCCAUUUUAGUGCAAAUCUUAAUUUUUGUAUUUUUUUUUUUUUAAACUGGAGGUAAUUCCUCAUCCAUGCUUGCUUAAUCUUAACUUACACUAUCCUGAAUUUGCAGUAUUACAUGGUGGAAAGAUCUGUACUGCAAUCUGCUCUAAAAGUAAGGGUAUUAAGUUAUGCUGGCAAUGAUAUGAUACUGGAUGAGUAGUGUAUGUUGAUCAGGGCACAUGUAGCCAAAAGUCAGUGCUUACUGAACUUCUUAGGAAGUUUUAGGAGGUGGAGGUUAAAUUAAGAAAUGUAUGACUUAAUACAGGUAAAAUCAGCAAUGUUUUCAAGAAUUCAGCUUAGUCUGGUACAUUUUAAGGAACACCUAGCUGUCCAGCAUGCCAUGGGUGCCUUCCAAAGUUGAGGUGUAACAGUGAAAUCUUUUCAACCAAAAUUUAGAUAAAUACUGUACUGCCCAGUUAAUUCUUGCAAACUAAUUUUGGAGUGCAUGGUUUCCGACAGAACCAUCUGGGAGCCUGUGCACAGAAUUCCUCCUUUCAAACAGACGUUUGUAGCACGGAUUUCUGUCUAGAGUUGAUCGUACUGUUACUUUCUUUGUAUCCUGUUUUGAUGCUGAGUGCUACAUGCAAAAUAGCAACUACUAGAGGCAACCCAUUACAUUAUUGGUAGUAACUUCCCACACUGCUGGAAGUUGCUGAAAAGAUGUAUCAUAUGAAGGAAGCCCCUUCUAGGCCGUGUGGAAAGCAAGCACAGGUGUGCAGGAAUGGAGCAAACUUGAUUCAGUGUAAAUUAUAUACUUGCUCGCAUUGAGAAGUAAGUAAUGAAAAUUAUCUUGUCUGGUCCUGUAUGAUAAUCUGUCGCCUUUACUCGUCUGUUAUCCAUGGGAGAUUUUUCACAUCUAGUGGCCUACAUGUGAGAUAUUUUCCCUAUUAUGUGCAACAUCAGGAAAUGUAGAACACUAAAAAUAAAGUAUGUUUGUCUCCAUAGUGCAGUGGAAUGAAAACAGAUGGUAGGCAACACAUAUGGCUGCCAGAAGCUGGCAACACCCAUUUGCAGAGUUCUUGUAGCUCAAAACAAAACAAGCCAAAACAAAGGAACUCCAAGGGGCGCAGAGAUUGUUCCAGGCAGAUAUCAGGAUAUCUGUCCUCCAGGUGCACUCUACCUAUUUCUUUACUUUUAGUUGCUAAAGCUAGAAAUGGAAGUAUACUAGUUAAGAAUUUAAUGGACCUCCUUAGUAUUUGUCAACUUAUAGUUUCUUAAGUAUUGAUAUUAUUUUAAAAAAGUCUUUAAUUUCCACUGUAGGUUUAAAUCUCUGGUUUUGGACAAAAUUUGUAAUUUUGCCAAGUAAUUGAACAACAAAAAAAUUGUGUCAAUAUUGAAGGAGCUUCUCUAUCACUGCUUCACAUCAUAUGGAGGGUUGAGAAGGAAAUUGCAGACAGGUGACUUCCUUAAACACAGUUGCCAGAAUAGACCUAGGUCCUUUCUAGAUUAUGAACGCUUUUUUUGAGUUUAUUCAACUUUGUGCUAGUUUAUUCCACUGUUGUUUUAUGGGAUGCUGUUGUUGCGAGCAGUGCCUUAUGCCUUGUAGCUUAUGGCCUCUCUAAACAGUGAUCAGUGAUGCAACGCAUAUUGCAGGUAAUUAUAGGAUUGUUGGUCAUGUAGUGUCAUCAACAGGAGCAGCAGGAAAGAGUAAUAGCGCUAAUCUGGGACAAUUCUAUGUUCUAUAUGCUAAUCUUGAAUAUUUAACCCAAGCAGAAGGACAGUAGAGU